CUCUUGAGAGCGAGAGAGAGAAGAGAGAGAGGAGAAUGAUUCGUGCAUGAAAGCACGAACAGAACUCUCAACUUACAUCCGAAAUAUUGUUCUGGAACAAUUCAUAGGCCAUACCAUUGUUGUAUGCAAUCUAUAUAUUUUUUUUGAUCCUUUGCUUCUCGUCUGUAGAUGUAUAUAGAUAGAUAGAGAUAGAGAGAGAGAGAGAGAGAGAGAGAGAGAGAGCGAGGGAGAGAGGAAUGUCGACGGAAGACGAGAAAUUGCUAAAGGAAGCGAAGAAGCUGCCGUGGGAAGAACGGCUUCUUCAUAAGAACUGGAAGGUCCGCAGUGAUGCCAACAUCGACCUCGCCGCCCUCUGCGAAUCCAUCUCCGAUCCAAAGGAUCCCCGUCUCCGUGACUUUGGUCCCCUAUUCAGAAAGACGGUUGCCGAUUCAAAUGCUCCUGUUCAGGAGAAGGCCCUUGAUGCCCUAAUUGCCUUCCUACGUGCCGCUGAUGCUGACGCUGGCAGGUAUGCAAAGGAAGUAUGCGAUGUGAUCGUUGCCAAAUGCCUCACCGGUCGUCCCAAGACGGUGGAGAAGGCCCAGGCUUCAUUUUUGCUCUGGGUUGAGUUGGAGGCAGCAGACGUUUUCUUGGAAGCUAUGGAGAAAGCGAUAAAAAACAAAGUUGCAAAAGCAGUUGUCCCAGCCAUUGAUGUCAUGUUUCAAGCCCUCAGUGAAUUUGGGGCAAAGGUUGUUUACCCCAAAAAAAUUCUCAGAAUGCUCCCUGAACUUUUUGACCACCAAGACCAGAACGUCCAUGCAUCAUCCAAAGGGCUGACACUUGAACUGUGCCGUUGGAUUGGAAAAGACCCAGUAAAGUCAAUUUUGUUUGAAAAAAUGCGGGAUACUAUGAAAAAAGAACUUGAGGCAGAACUCGUUAAUGUCACUGGAAGUGCUAGGCCAUCACGGAAAAUUAGAUCUGAGCAAGAGAAGGAGCCAGAGCAGGAACGUGUGGCUGAAGUUACAGGCAUGGCUCAUGAAGAAUCUGCAGUUGAUGUUCCACAGGAAAUAGAUGAGUACGAACUUGUUGAUCCUGUUGAUAUUUUGACUCCAUUAGACAAGUCAGGAUUUUGGGAUGGAGUGAAAGCGACAAAAUGGUCUGAAAGGAGGGAUGCUGUUGCAGAGCUUACUAAGUUUUCUUCCACAAAAAGAAUUGCUCCUGGUGAUUUCAGCGAAGUCUGUCGUAUCCUCAAGAAGCUUAUUACCGAUGUAAACAUAGCUGUUUCUGUAGAAGCCAUUCAAGCAAUUGGAAAUCUGGCUAGGGGUCUGAGGAACCAUUUUUCAGGGAGCUCUCGUUUCCUAUUACCAGUAUUGCUUGAAAAAUUGAAAGAAAAGAAACCACUUCUUACAGACACUCUUACUCAGACGCUUCAAGCGAUGUAUAUGUCUGGGUGUGUAACUCUUGUGGAUGUUGUUGAAGAUGUUAGAGGGGCAGUGAAAAAUAAAGUUCCGCUUGUGCGCUCAUUAACCUUAAACUGGGUUACAUUGUGUAUUGAGACAAGUAACAGAGCAGUUGUUCUCAAGUUGCAUAAGGAUUAUGUCCCUGUCUUUAUUGAGUGCCUGAAUGAUGGUACACCAGAAGUGAGAGAUGCUGCUUUUUCUGCACUUGCUGCAACAGCCAAGUUGGUUGGCAUGAAGCCUUUGGAAAAGGCACUAGAGAAACUUGAUGAGGUGAGGAAAAAGAAACUUUCAGAAAUGAUUGGAAGUUCAGGAGGUGGCCUUGUUCCUAGUACUGGAUCAGGUGCAGUAUCUACUUCAAAUGCGAGCAUGUCAUGUCUAGAGGCUGCAGAAAGCUCAUUUGUGAGAAGAUCAGCAGCAAGCAUGCUUAGUGGAAAGAGGCCUGUUCACCCAACAUCAGUCACUAAAAAAAGUGGGUCGGUUAAACCCAGUGUUGGAAGAAAGGCUGAUGGAGUUGGACAGCCAAAGACCCUGGGAGCAGCUGAAUCUGAAGAUACUGAGCCUGGAGAAAUGAGUCUUGAAGAGAUCGAAGGAAGAUUAGGUUCUCUUCUUAAAGCGGAUAUGAUUUCUCAAUUAAAGAGUAGUGUUUGGAAGGAACGACUUGAAGCAAUUAUCUUGCUAAAACAGCAGGUAAAAGUUCUUCAAGAUCUUGACCAGUUUGCAGAAAUCUUAAUUCGUUUUCUGUGUGCGGUUCCUGGAUGGGGCGAGAAGAAUGUUCAGGUUCAACAACAGGUUAUAGAGAUCAUUACUCAAAUAGCUUCUACAGUCAGAAAGUUCCCAAAAAGAUGUGUUGUGCUCUGCAUUCUAGGUAUAAGCGAACAGGUAGCAGAUAUAAAAUUACGUGCUCAUGCGACGAAGUGUCUUACUGCUUUCUCUGAAGCAGUAGGUCCAGGAUUUGUUUUCGAGAGACUUUUCAAGAUUAUGAAGGAGCACAAGAAUCCUAAGGUUCUCAGUGAGGGAAUUUCUUGGAUGGUCUCUGCAGUUGAAGAUUUUGGUGUGUCACAUUUAAAGUUGAAGGAUUUAAUUGAUUUCUGUAAAGAAACGGGGUUACAGUCCAGUGUUGCUGCCACAAGAAACUCAACGAUCAAACUUAUUGGAGCCUUGCAUAAGUUUGUUGGUCCAGAUAUUAAAGGGUUUCUUGCUGAUGUCAAGCCUGCACUUCUUAGUGCACUUGAUGCUGAAUAUGAGAAAAACCCAUUCGAGGGUGUGGCUGCUGCUCCGAAGAAAACCGUAAAAGACUCAGAUCCCACGUCAUCUAUAUCUUCUGUUGGAUUAGAUGGUCUGCCACGUGAAGAUAUUAGUGGGAAGAUCACACCCAGUUUGGUGAAGAACAUGGCAAGCCCUGACUGGAAGAUCCGUUUGGAGUCUAUUGAUUCGGUCAAUAAGAUUUUGGAAGAAGCCAAUAAGCGCAUCCAGCCCACUGGCACUGGAGAGUUAUUUGGAGCUCUUAGAGGCCGCCUAUAUGACAGCAAUAAAAAUCUAGUGAUGGCAGCUUUAGCUACUAUUGGUGGUAUUGCAUCUGCAAUGGGCCCUGCAGUCGAGAAGUCAAGCAAGGGAAUUCUGUCAGAUGUUCUGAAAUGUCUUGGAGAUAAUAAAAAGCACAUGAGGGAAUGCACCAUGAAUGCUUUAGAUUCUUGGGUUGCAGCUGUUCUGCUUGAUAAGAUGGUUCCAAACAUUACAGCUGCUUUAUCUGAUACCAAGCUUGGUGCAGAGGGGCGGAAGGACCUUUUUGAUUGGUUAUCUAAGCAUCUUUCUAGGAUAAGUGAUUCAUCUGAUGCUUUGCAUCUCUUGAAGCCAACUGCUUCGGCUUUGAUGGACAAAUCAUUGGAGGUCCGAAAAGCAGCGGAAGCUUCUCUUGGUGAAAUUUUGAGAGUUUGUGGACAAGAAGCUGUAACAAAGAGUUUAAAGGAUUUACGUGGACCAGCUUUAGCACUUAUUCUUCAACGACUACAGCCUGCUGUUCUACUCCAAGAAGCCGUGGAAUCCACAAAAAUGGUUUCUAUUGGUCUGCCCUCCAAACCCAGCUCAAAGAUUGGAAAAUCAGGGUCAAAUGAUUACGAUCGUGUAUUGAAGCAUGGGAGUUCAACUGCUCCUUUGAGAGGCAUUCAGACAAUGGUCAGUAGGCCAGGCUCUGCCAUGUCCGCUCAAGAUAUUGCAGUCCAAUUAUUCAACAUCAAGGACUCAUACAAGGAAGACAGGGAGAGGAUGGUUAUACGAAGACAUAAAUUUGAGGAGCCACGCCCAGAGCAGAUUCAAGAUCUUGAGAACGAUAUAGCGAAGUAUUUCAGAGAAGACCUCCAUAGGCGACUUCUAAGCAUGGAUUUCAAAAAACAAAUAGACGGGCUUGAAUUGUUGCGGAAGGCUCUACCAUCCAGUGGAAAAGAAAUGAUUGAACUUGUUGAUAUACUUUUGAGGUGGUUUGUUAUGCGGUUUUGUGAAUCAAACACGACAUGUUUGCUGAAGGUCCUGGAGUUUCUUCCUGAGCUUAUUGGCACUUUGAAGGAUGAGGGUUAUACCCUGACUGAGUCAGAAGCGUUCAUAUUUCUUCCUUGUUUGAUAGAGAAGUCUGGACAUAACAUUGAAAAGGUGCGAGUGAAAAUGCAUGAACUGACAAAGCAAAUUGUUCGCAUAUAUUCAGCAUCAAAACUUCUCCCUUAUAUUUUGGAGGGAUUACGCUCAAAAAACAACAGGACUCGAAUAGAGUGCGUCGAUCUAAUUGGCUUCUUAAUUGAUCACCAUGGAGCUGAGAUUGUUGGGCAGUUAAAGUCUUUGCAACAUGUUGCUGUGUUGACUUCAGAAAGAGAUGGUGAAAUUAGGAAAGCUGCUCUAAACACAUUGACUACUGCUUAUAAGAAUCUUGGUGAAGAAAUAUGGAAGUAUGUAGGGAAGUUAUCUGAUGCUCAGAGAAGUAUGCUGGAUGAUAGGUUCAAGUGGAAGGCUCGAGAGAUGGACAAGAGGAAGGAAGGAAAACCUGGGGAAGCUAGAGCUGCUUUAUGGCGCUCUGUUAGAGACAACGGAUUAGACAUAGCAGAACCGAGUGGAGAAGUUCUAUCAAGCUCCUUGUCUGCCCCUAUCUUGUCCAGAGAAACCAGUGGGCAUUUUGAGUCUCAAAUGGACAGGCAUCUCUUACCCCGGCCACUGGCUGUCACAAAUGGUCCUGCAGUCUGGAAUGAAGCUCUGGAUAUCAUUUCAUUAGGUUCUCCUGAGCAGUCAGUUGAAGGCAUGAAAGUUGUUUGUCAUGAGCUGACCGCAACUGAUCCUGAAAGCAGUGCAAUGGAUGAUCUUGUCCGGGAUGCAGACAGACUUGUUACAUGUCUUGCUACCCAGGUGGCCAAGACCUUUGACUUCAGUCUUGCUGGAGCUUCUUCAAGGUCAUGUAAAUACGUUCUGAACACACUCAUGCAGACGUUUCAAAUUCAAAGGGUUGCUCAUGCUGUAAAGGAGAGUACCCUUGACACCCUCAUCACUGAGCUUCUGCUUUGGCUUCUCGAUGAAAGGGUUCCGCAGAUGGAUGAUGGCAGCCAACUUUUGAAAGCACUGAAUGUUUUAAUGCUCAAGAUUCUGGAUAAUGCUGAACGGACGUCAUCAUUUGUUGUUCUGAUCAAUCUCUUGCAGCCAUUAGACCCGUCAAGAUGGCCAUCAACAGCCUCCAUUGAGACUUCGGCAAUGAAUCAGAAAUUCUCAGAUCUAGUUGUCAAAUGUCUUAUCAAAUUGACCAAGGUUCUCCAGAGUACAAUAUCUGAUGUGGAUCUUGACCGUAUUCUUCAAAGCAUUCAUGUAUAUCUAGAAGUAUUAGGGAUGGAAGAAAUCAGGAGGAGAGCUGGAGCUGAUGACAAACCACUGAGAAUGGUUAAAACUGUUCUACAUGAGCUCGUUAAGCUUCGAGGAACAGCAAUAAAAGGCCAUCUUUCUAUGGUUCCUAUAGAUAUCGAACCUCAACCUAUCAUACUCGCCUACAUUGACCUUAAUCUUCAGACUCUUGCAGCAGCUAGAAUGUUGACCCCAUCUGGCGCAGUUGGCCAAACUCACUGGGGUGAUUCUGCUCCCAACGGUCCAUCACCUACAACACAUUCUGCAGAUGCACAAUUGAAGCAAGAACUUGCUGCAGUGUUCAAGAAAAUCGGCGACAAACAAACUUGCACCAUUGGUCUAUACGAACUCUACCGUAUCACUCAAUUGUACCCAAAGGUUGAUAUAUCAGCUCAGCUUCAGAAUGCAAGCGAGGCAUUUCGCACAUAUAUACUAGAUGGGCUAGCACAGGUGGAGAAAAAUGCCGCUGGUGGAAGGACACCUUCAGGCCUGCCGGCACCAACCCCUCCCCCUGUAGCUCUACCACUUUCUUCACAGAAGCUCUCCCCUGUACAUAUAAAAUCAUCACUAAAUUCAAAACCCGAGCAUGGAAAAUCAAUGCCCUCAUUGUUUCCUGAGGAUAGCAGCAUGGGUGUAAUCUAUCCAGGAAUCAUCAGGAAUCAGUCAGAUGUGAAGCAACAUACUAGGGAGGAUUGGAAUGAUAGAUAUUCAUCUGGAGCUAGUGCAGUGACCACCGGGACAUUGGAUGCGAUCCGAGAACGAAUGAAAAGCAUUCAGGCUGCAGCGGCUGCUGGAAACACAGAGAGGAGCCGGCCAUUAACAUCCAUGAAUGGUAACAUAGUGCAACGAUUACAGAGCCAGUUGCCCCAUGGAUUGGAUCAUGUCAAUCCAGAACCUGGUCUGCAGACAGGUGUUCUUCCCAUGAAUGAGAUGGCACUCUCCGGGCUCCAAGCCCGGAUGGAGAGGCUCAAAAGUGGGUCCAUUGAACCCCUGUAGCGUGAGCUCUUUAUGCACUGCUUUCACAUUCUAUUUUUGUAGAGAGAAGUGGAAAGAACAAGAAUGCAUCAACCAAGGCUUGAAGAUAUAGAUCAGUUAUUUGACUUUCAAGAACUUUUUUUAAUCUAUUUGUAUUAUUUUUGUGCAAUUGCAUUAUGAGUUUCAGAUUUUUCCCGGUCCCAUCUAACAACUGGCAUCCACACUGUUAGAACAGUCGAGUGCCAGUGCCUGUGGGCGCACACAUGCACAUGCUGUGAAAUGUAUUCCUAGCCAUCUGAUGUCCGGCAAGGAAAUUAGUACAAUAGAACUUUUUACCAUCAAUAUGAAAGAGAAUGUUGGAUUUGAGUUUUA